UCUCGUUCCAAUUCCAUCUCUCAUCUACCAUCACCAACCAAGCUCCCAACUUCACUCAAAACCCUAAAGAAACAUCCUCCCCAACAACCCUCACCUCAUAAAAAACAACAUGUUCCUUUCCAACCUCUGAGGAUCACAAACUCACAACUCGACUCGAUUCAAUUCAAUUCGAAUCCUUCAAAAUCGUCAUAGCAGCCAGCAGAGCCAUGAAGACCGAGCUCAGAGGAAAUACCGCCGCUGCGUCCAUCUCCAUCCAAAACCCUAACAACAAACUCUUCACUGCCACCCCUCCUACUCCCCACCAACGACCUUCCUCCACCACGACCACCGCCGUGGCAGCUCCGACCAUCUCCGGCGCCCUCACGGGGUGCCUGGGCAGCCUCGACGGUGCGUGCAUCGAGAAGCUCCUCCUCCACUGCGCCAGCGCCCUCGAAGGCAAGGAGUGGACGCUCGCCCAGCAGGUGAUGUGGGUCCUCAACAACGUCGCCUCCCUCAGCGGCGACCCCAACCAGCGCCUCACUUCCUGGUUCCUCCGCGCCCUCAUCUCACGCGCCGCCAAAGUCUGCCCCACCGCCACCAUGCACCACUUCGACGGCUCCGCCGCCAUCGACAAGCGGCGCCAGAUGACCGUCACCGAGCUCGCCGGGUACGUCGACCUCAUCCCUUGGCACACCUUCGGGUUCUGCGCCUCCAACAGCGCGAUAUUCAAGGCGAUCCGAGGCUGCUCCAAAGUCCACGUGCUCGAUUUCAGCGUCACCCACUGCGUUCAGUGGCCCACUCUCAUCGACGCGCUGGCGAAACGCCCCGAAGGGCCGCCGUCUUUAAGAAUCACCGUGCCGUCUGUCCGGCCACCCGUCCCACCUUUCCUCAACGUCUCGUGCGAGGAUGUCGGCCAAAGGUUGAGCAACUUCGCUAGGUUUCGUGACGUAGAGUUCGAGUUCAAUAUAAUCGGAGGAGGAGGAGGAGGGAGUACCUUCGACAACAACAACAACAUUGCUUCGUGUAGAAAUUCCAUGUAUGAUACCUUCCACCGCUACUUUGAGUCGUUGCUAACCAGCCUAGUGGAUCCGCACCAGCUGUCCUCGUUGUUCAGGGACGACGAGGUCAUCGUGGUGAACUGCCAGAACUGGCUUCGCUCCAUGCCCGACGACGAUGAGGAACAGUCUGCGGGUUCGUCGUUGAGGGAUGAUUUCCUCCAUACGAUAAUGGGGUUGAAUCCGGCCAUCGUCGUGGUGGUCGAUGAGGAUGCGGAUCUCAACGUGUCGAGCCUGACGACGAGGAUUACAAACUGUUUCAACUACCUGUGGAUCCCGUUCGAUGCUCUGGAGACAUUUCUACCUAAAGACAGUGCGCAGAGGAUCGAGUACGAGUCAGAUGUAGGGCAUAAGAUUGAGAACGUGAUCAGCCACGAAGGGUGCCAGAGGAUGGAGAGGUUGGAGUCUGGGGCGAAGCUAUGUCAGAGGAUGAAGAAGGUAGGGUUCUCGGGUGUGAUGUUCUGUGAGGAGAGUGUUAAAGAAGUGAAGUCGUUGUUGGAUGAGCAUGCUAGUGGUUGGGGGAUGAAGAGAGACGAGGAGAUGUUGGUGCUCACUUGGAAGGGACACAACUCGGUUUUUGCCACAGCUUGGGUGCCAGGUGGUCUAGGGGAGAAUUGAAGUUAGUGGUUUAGGAAUUUAGAUACAAGGUAGGGGGAGGUCUAGGUUCGGUCUUGUUUCGAUUCGAUUCUGAUUCUGAUUCGGGUUGCUUUGGAGCAAAAACUAGAAAUGGUCCUCCGUGAAGAGUGGCGUGAAUGAUGUCGGAUGGGAUGAUUCAUGCAACAUUGACAUGAGAUAAGAGGGACAGGGCAAGGCAAGUUGUUGUGCUCUUUUUUUUCCUUUUGCAUAUUUUGUUAUAAGGCUGCAAAAAGGGAAUGGAGACAAGUUCGUGGUGGGGAGAAGACGACAUGGCUGUUUCUACGAAUGAAGAACACCCUUUUUCCCUUUGGUACUUGGUAGUAGGAGAAUGAAGAACUUGGUAUGGU